AAAAGGAGUGUCCCGGGGAAGGGAGAGCCUGGGAGUUGUAGGCGAGUUGUGCGCGAGGCAAGGCCAGCUGGGACCAAACCGCGUCCGCCUAUUCCUCGCUUGCUCAUGGAGUGGGUUUCCUGGCGGGGCACGUCUUCGUUUUCCUCUCCUCUACGCCUUUAGCUGGGGCUUGGCUUUUCUCCAGCCGCUGCUUCUUCCUUAUCCUCUUCGUCCUCUCCUUGCGUCUCGAGCUCUCCUUCUCCACCAUGGGGGACGUGAUCUCGGCACACCUGGACGACAGCAGGCGGCAGUUCAUCACAGAAAAGACUGGUAAGGUCCUGGCCGAGUUUUGCCAGUUCUAUGAGGAACAGUAUGGUGUCUCCCUCUUCAACAGUGUCCGGUAUGAAAUUGAAGGCAGUGGUGGACCCCAGGCUCAGCUACUGCGCCGCAAGGUUCCACUGGAGGCACGUACCAUUUUCUCGGGGAAUCUGUUCCAGUACAUGGAAGAAAACAAGAAGUGGAGGAACCGUUUCAGUGUCGUGCCCCAUAAUUAUGGGCUGGUGCUGUAUGAGAACAAACUGGCCUAUGAGAGAGGUCUCCAGCCUCGAAUUCUCAUCAACAGUGCUGGCUACAAGAUCCUCACCUCCUUGGAGCAAUACCUGGACCUGGUCAAUAGCAAUUUGCCAGGUUCUGCACCCAAAUCGGGCAACACCUCUGUCUUCAAAUGCCCCACAGAGUUCCCUCUCAUCCUAUGGCACCCUUACGCCCGGCACUACUACUUCUGCGUGAUGACUGGGAAGGAGCAUGAGAAGUGGCGAGCCGUUUUCCAGGACUGUGUGCGCCACUGCAACAAUGGUAUUUCUGAGGACAACAAGGUGGAAGCUCCUGCUUUCACUGAUGCCGUCCGCAUGUACCGCCAGUCUAAGGACCAGUAUGGCACAUGGGACAUGCUUUGUGGCAAUGAAGCACAGGUCUUGAGCAACUUAGUGAUGGAGGAACUUCUUCCUGAGCUGAAGAACAUGAUUGGGCCCCGCCUGAAGGGCAAAAUCCAAGAGAGACACAGAGUUUGGAUCCAGGUCUCUGACGCUGUGUACAGGAUGGUCUACGACCAGACAAAAGCCCAGUAUGACGAUGCUGUGGUUAAAUGCGAGGUUGAGAAGCCUGGGAUGACCAGCACCAUCCGCACAGAUAUGGAUCAGAUCAUCCAAUCGAAGGAGCACCUGGCCAGCAAAAUCCGAGCCACAGUCUUCUCCAAAGCAGAGGUCUGUGUUCGGAACCACGUCCAGCCUUACAUCCCUUCCAUCCUGGAGGCGCUUAUGAUCCCCACCAGCCAGGGCUUUGCCGAGGUGCGGGAAGUCUUCUUCAAGGAGGUGACCGACAUGAAUAUGAACAUCCUCAACGAAGGGGGAAUGGAGAAAAUGGGGGAGUACAUGGAGAACCUUUCCCAGCUGGCUUUCCACCCAGUCAAGAUGCAGCCCUGCUAUGAGAAGAUGGACCAGUUGAAGCUGGAAGGGCUGCAGCAGAGGUUUGACGUCUCCAGCGCCUCUGUGUUUAAGCAGCGGGCCCAGAUCCUGAUGAGACAGCAAAUGGACGAUACCGUCUACACCUUUGAGACGCUCCUUCACCAGGAGGUGGGGAAAUCGCCAGACAAAGAUGAGCUCUGCAAAACCAUUCAGCGUAUCCUGGAGCGGGUGCUUAAGAAAUACGACUAUGACAGCAGCACUGUAAGGAAGAAGUUCUUCCGGGAGGCCCUGCUCCAGAUCACCAUUCCCUUCCUGCUGAAGAAGCUGGCCCCCACUUGCAAAGGGGACCUCUCAAGAUUCCAGGAACUGAUUUUUGAGGAUUUUGCCCGUUUCAUCCUGGUGGAGAACACCUACGAAGAGGUGGUAUUGCAAUCUGUCAUGAAAGACAUCAUGAUGGCUGUCAAGGAGGCAGCAGUGCAGCGGAAGCACAACCUGUACCGCGAUAGCAUCGUGAUGCACAACAGUGACCCCAACCUCCACUUGCUUGGUGAGGAGACACCCAUCAACUGGGAGGAGGAGUUCGGCAAGCAGUCGGACUCAGACCCACCAGAUGAGAAGCAGCGCCGGGCCAAGCAAGUCGUUUCAGUCAUCCACGUUGACGAAGAGGCCCUGCCCUACGAGGUCACUUCCCUGGAGGGGUCCCCAGGUGCAGCUGAGCUGGAGCUCGAGGGGGCGGACCGCAGUCCUUCUCCUCCUGUGCAGGGGUCCCCUGACAGCGUGAAGGACCUUCGUACGAUGCUGGUGAAGGAGUUCUGCGUCAAUGCUCCACUUGAGAAGGCUGAGGCCCAGCUGGGCAAUGGCACCAUUUCCCAGAGGAGCGAAGUAGACCCCAAACACAGGGAGGGGAAGGAGGAGGAGGCCACCACCGGGGAGACAGGCAAGCACACGCUAAAACAUUCCGCUGAGUGCCAGGGGGAGGCGCAGGAGGAUACGGACUCCAUGCCCACUUCUCCUGCCCAAUCGCCUUCCCUGGCUGCCGACGGAGGGUCCUGUGUGGGCUGCCUUGAGUCUAGCGAUAAGGAGACAGGGGAGGAGACGGGGGUACAAGUGGUGGUGAGCCCAGUUUGUGAGACGAGCAUGGAAUCCUCUGUGGAGAACAGCCAUGGGGCUACAGAAGGCAGCGAAGGGGUGCAGACUCAGUUCUAGGACAGCCGCCCCACCUCUUAUGCAAGAGGGUUCCUCUCUUGGCUGUGUCAAUGCCAAAGGCAGACUGGAAUUGGGGGACCCUGUGGGGGGCGGUGUGGGGGGGAGGAAGGCAGGGUGAGGGGAGAGCAAAGCACCUAAAGUUGAUUCUUUGGCCUCCUUAAUUUGCAUGUGCUCAGUCCAUCCAGAGAAGUAUUGGGGGGGCACAGGGAAUGGGAUGGAGGAGCCCCAGAAAUAGUAUCAGUUCUUCUAGUUCUUGGGACUAUGCUGACCUUUCUGAGCUUCUGUAAACCUAGAAUUAGGUUGGCUUCCUCACUUUCCUUUCCUUUCCUUUGCACCUUUCGUUCACAAUUGGCUCGUCAGGGGUCUCCUUCCCCCAUUCCAAUUCUACUGAAAAGACACUUUACCUUGGAUGCCAAUGAAUGUUUGGGGUACAGGAACAGAGUGACAGCUGCUUCCCUUCUCCUUGCCCUCCACUAUAAAGAAAAUGCUUUUCUGCAUUUCUUCCAACCCACCUUCAUUCUCUUGGAACUUGGUUGUCUUUUAAUCCAGUCUCGUUGCCCCACUGAUCAUUAUAUAUUUUUUUAAGGGUAGUUAUCUUCUUUUAACUGUUUCACAAGUAAGAAAAUCUCAUCACCUGUGCAUCUCCAGCUCUUUUCCCCAGGGCUGACAGCCAUGUCCUAGUAUAGUUCUGCAACCUCCAUCACUUGGAGAGAUUUGAGGAUCUGGGUAGGAAUAUUAGCUGCAGGGCCUAGUAGGUAGAGCCAGCGAGUCCCUUUUCGCUAGAGAAUGACGAUGCAGAUGAAGGUUAGAGAAACCGGAUGUUAAGGCCGAACGAGGGAAGUGUGUAGCAGAAAGCAGUGAACAUAUGUGGAUGAGGGCAAAGCUGCAGAGUAAGUUUUCUUCCCUGCCCAGGGAGGGGGUCAAGUAACAUACAUAUUGUAGGUCUACCACCAAUGCAAGAAACUGGGUAGAUGUGUUAGUGGUGAUGGCUUGUAUCCAAUACUCAUCCUACUCGGAGUAGGCCUCUCUCUGCGCCCAAUUUAUAGGCAAGGAAAAUGAUAAGGGAACUUGCCCGCUUUGUUUUAGAACACUUUCUUCAUUGGUGGUGCUGGGUGGUUGGGGAAUGCAGACUGGAUGCCAUAGCAAUGGGUUGCCCCAUUGAAAGUGUGCAUACGUGCGUGCACUAUUGGAUUUACAAAAAAUAUCCACUUUUCUUUUUACCCCUGGUAGGUAAAAAGAAUGUGGUUAUUGCCUCCUGGAGCUUCUAGGGAUUGUGCCGAAACUUAGUCCUUGCUUGGAGGCAGACCCACUGAAAUUAAUAGACGGAAAAGGGUGGGGUAUAAAGCCUGGUACAGAUGAAACUGAGAGGAGAUAUGAUAGACAUCUUCAAAUGCCUAAAGGGCUGCCACAUGGAGGAUGGAGCAAGCUUGUUUUCUCCAGAUCCAGAGGACCCAAACCAACAUCAGGAAGAACUUUCUGUUGGAAAGAGCUGUGUGACAGUAGGAGUGUCUCCUUCCACAUGAUGGUGGACUCUCCUUCCUUGGAGGUUUUAAAGCAGAGGUUGGAUGGUCAUUGGUCAUGGAUGCACUAGCUGAGAUUCCUGCAUUGCAGGGGGUUGGACUAGAUGACCCUUGGGGUGCCUUCCAACUCUACAGUUCUACAAUUCUGUGAAAUCAAUGUAUAAUAUUAAUAAUAUGGUGAACUUGGGCACAUGUCAGUGAGUCUGCUCUGAGUAGGGUAGCUUUGGAUGCACCGCUGGGUGUUCCUGUUACCUGAGAGUUAACUCACUCAUUUCUCAGCAUCUCAGGCUCUAGUUUAUGAGGCAAAUCAAAUUUGAGGAGCUUCAGUCAUCCCAGAAAGUGUAGGGCGGUCAAUCCUUAGCCAUGGAACAGCACUACCUCAGGACGGCUGUUCUAGAUAAUAUCCAGGUGUUGUAUAUUUGAGAGGCAAGGUUUUUUUUUCCACCAGUCCACUCUUCUUUCCCUCUUCCUCUGUGCCUCCAAAUAAUUGUUUAUCUUUAAGGCUAUUUUGAGGGACGCGGGUAGCGCUGUGGGUUAAACCACUGAGCCUAGGGCUUGCUGAUCAGAAGGUCGGCGGUUUGAAUCCUCGCGACGGUGUGAGCUCCCGUUGCUCGGUCCCUGCUCCUGCCAACCUGUCAGUUUGAAAGCACGUCAAAGUGCUAGUAGAUAAAUAGGUACCACUACAGCGGGAAUGUAAAUGGCAUUUCCAUGUGCUGCUCUGGUUCGCCAGAAGCGGCUUUGUCAUGCUGGCCACAUGACCUGGAAGCUGUACACUGGCUCCCUCGACCAAUAACGUGAGAUGAGCGCCGCAACCCCAGAGUCGGUCAUGACUGGACCUAAUGGUCAGGGGUCCCUUUACCCUUUUAAGGCUACGUGUUUGGAACCACAGGUUGGAAAGUUGAUGUGUAUAGUUGCCCUAAUGGGAAGGAGCUGAUCUCUAGAAACCUAAGUGGACACAAUGCUUCUCUGUCUUGGACCUCUGCAUGUUGUUGUGCUACAGCUGCCAUCAUCCCUGAAUGUUGGCUAAGCCUACUGGAGAUGAUGGGAGUUGUGGUCCAACAGCAUCUGGGAAAUCCAAAGUUCUAACACUGAAUGGGCCCACUGAAUGGCAGAACCUGUGGCCCUCCCACCAUCCAACUGGUUGAUGGGAACUGCAAUCAACACCUGGAGGCCUUCCGGUUCCUCAUCCCUGUCACGUUUCCUCUUCCCCAAUGGCCAAGCUAUUGCUUUUGGCUAUCAAACAUGCUUUUAUAGGCGCAGGAGGGCAGGGAAGCAAAUGGACAUGGGUACAUUUGUAUGUGUUUUAGUUAAGGGGGUGACAGAAUGACAUUUUAGAAUGAAAACAGUGAAGGCCAAUGGGGCAGCUGGCUUCCAUUAAAGUUAGAGGGAGUGGGUAGGGUGCAAGCCCACCAAAGGCUGUGCAGAACUAUUGUACACUUUUCCAAAGGGCUAUGGGAAGGCUGUGAA